GGUGUGACAUCACAAUGUAGGCCAGUGAGGAGCUGGGGCCCAGGGCUUCAGGUAUAACCUCCUAGGGCUGGCCUGCAGUUACAGAGCCACCACAACGGAGACGAGCUAGCCUGCUGCCACUGACAUCCCAGGUGCACCCGGCUGAACAGUCCCCUGAGCAGUCAUGUGCUUCCGGGAAGGCUGACUCCGUCCACUCCGCCACGCCGGUCUCACUGCCCCACCAGGCACUGGAUUACAGGUGGGCUUCUUGCCUGGUUCUUGCCCAUGACACCACAAGGAGUUCUGCUGCAGAACUUGCAAGGCAUCUUGCUUCUUAAGGACGCCCACGAAGAAAUGACUUCUCUUCCUCGGGACACUCUCGUGUCAGAAUAGGAUCGAAGCCAAUUGUGCAGAAUCACAGAACACAUGAAGCCCCCUUGCCUUAAGAGACCCCUGACUGCUCAACUCCGUGCCUUCGCGUCCAUCUUUGCUCGCAGACUUCCUUCCUCUGGAGCGUGACCAAUCAUCCCCUGUGCAAGAAGACUCACGAGAGGAGCUCAGGCCUGCAAGCACAGGAGAUGGCUCACAUGUCCCCCAAGCUCAGAGCCUUCCUCUCUGAACCCAUUGGAGAAAAGGAUGUUGGCUGUAUAGACGGGAUUAGCCGGGAGCUUGCCAUCAAUCUAGUCGCCAAAGGUUUCAGCAAGGCCUACAUCCUGUUGGGACAGUUCCUUCUGAUGCACAAGAACGAAACUGAGUUUCAGAACUGGAUCAUUUGUUGUUGUGGUGCCACCGAGUGUGAGGCCAAGAGGAGCUCCAAAUGUCUCAAGGAGUGGUGCACCUGCUUCCUGUAGACACCUGGCUCGGCCCUGGUUGAAUAACACCUCCUCCGCCUACGCCAGGCUCCAAGGCUUUUUUUUGUGUGUGUGUGGGUUUAUGGGGUUUUGGAUGUGGUUUUUUUUAUUAUUAUUUGUUUUAUUUAUUUGAAAGGAACAGGGAGGGAGAGAGAGAGACAGAGAGACAGACAGAGAGACAGAACUCUUCCAUCUGCUAGUUUACUCCCUCAAUGUCCACAGUAGUCAGGGGUGGGCCAGUUGGAAGCCAGGAGCCAGGAACUCUAUCUGGGUCUCCCACAUGGGUGGCAGGGGUCCACACCCUUGGGCCAUCCACUGCUGCUUACACAAGCACAUUAGCAGGGAGCUGGAUCAGAAGUAGGGCAGCUGGGACUUGAACCAGUGUUCCAAUAUGGGAUCUGCCAUUGCAGGCAGCAGCUUAACCCGUUUGGCCACAAUGCUGGCUCCAUUAUUUAUGUUUUGAACUUUAGUGAUACACAUUAUAAAAAGCAGUUCAGGGAUAGCAAGGACACACACAAGAAAAAUUAUCCCCAAAACCCACCGCCCAGAAGCCACAGUCAUCCACUUUAGAUGCGUACCAUGCCAAAGGUCUCUCAGCACACUUUAUGUAAAAGAACAGAUGAUUUUAUUUGAAACUGAGAAUUAAAUUUUAAGUCAGUGAA